AUGACCUCGGACGUGGCGAUGCCCUCUUGGAUGGUGAGGGCGGCCUCGCCCCCUGCAUCGGCGCCGCGCCCGAAGCGGGGCAAGGCAGGCAACCACAAGGAGAAGGCCGACCAGCUGCUGGUCAUCAUCGCGAAGCUGGCCCUCACCACGGCCCGACAGGCGGCGCAGCUCGAGAGCGUGUGCUACACCACGAUGUUCAUCAGCGAGGCCGAGGGCAGCCUCGGGCAGGUGUGCCGCAAGAGCGGCAUCGACUACGACGGCGAGAGCAAGAGGCUCCGCGAGAAGGUCGCGGGCGGGGAGUCGGUCGACUUCAAGGCCCGCGGGCCGCCUCACGUCCACCUCUUCGGCGCCAUCAUCAAGCGCAGCAUGGAGAUCACGGCGCCGGGGGGAGGGACUCCGAAGGCAGACGGGCACAAUAUCUUCCUCGAGUACUGGCAGCAGGUCACCGCCGCCAAGAAGCCACAGGAGAUCGCGGAGCAGAGCCUCCACUGCAAGUAUCGCAAGGCGAGGACCACGGGCGAGGAAGCCAAGGGGGUCCUCUCGUUCGUGCUGAACUCGAGGGUGCCGUCCGCCAACUCCCAGUACCCGAUCCUGGUGGACUACCUCGUGAAAGUGGAGAAGGCGGAGGCGGUGCACGGCCCAGCUCCGAGGGGCCCCUUGGAGCGAGAGGCAGGCAGUUUGCUCCAGGCUCUCAAUCAGUUCUAA